UCAAAGAGUGGAAGCUGCUGCUGCUGCGGCGGCGGCGGUGCUUGGUUGCAAGCGGGCCCCAAGGAGGGGCCGCGGGGAGAGGGAGUGUCCUUUGCCCGCGUUUCCCCUCCUUCUUUCGGGGGAGGAGAGAGGAGGAGGCCGGCGAGAAGGAGCAGCAGGAGGAAGUGGAGGCGUCGGCGGGGAAGAACCGGGGGACGGCAGCCUCUCCGCCUGGCCAUUGCAAGGCAGGCACCGGGCUCUUCGGGUCUCUCUCCGUCCUUCUCUCCUCUUCUGGCCUCGCCAAGGGCCUCCUUGGCCAGCCAAACAACUCCCCAAGUUUCCCUGAUGGCUGCAGAAGGGCUCCUUUUUGGCUCCUCCAGAUCCAAGGCGAAGGAAUAACACCCCUCUUUUUGCAAAAAAGGAAAAAGAAAAUAUCUCCCCCAAAUAACCCCAGAUGGCUGGGAAAUCUUAAGAAAAGACCCUUCUCUGAGCAACCCAAGAAGAGGACAGCAUUAUUUGCGUAUCCACAUCAACCUCCCCCUUGGUUGCAUUUUGUUAUUAUUUUGCCCUGGAAGAGAAGAUGCAGACCUUUCUGAAAGGGAAGCGGGUGGGCUACUGGCUGAGCGAGAAGAAGAUCAAGAAGCUGAAUUUCCAAGCCUUUGCAGAGCUUUGCAGGAAAAGAGGAGUAGAAGUUAUACAGCUUGACCUUACCAAACCAAUAGAAGAUCAGGGCCCAUUAGAUGUGAUCAUCCAUAAACUGACUGAUGUCAUCAUUGAAGCUGACCAAAAUGACAGCCAGGCACUGGCAUUGGUUCAUAGGUUCCAGGAGUAUAUUGAUGCUCACCCUGAAACCAUCAUUUUGGACCCUCUGCCUGCUAUCAGGACAUUGUUGGACCGAUCAAAGUCUUAUGAACUUAUCAGACAAAUAGAGACAUACAUGCAAGAUGAAAGAAUCUGUUCACCACCAUUUAUGGAGUUGACAAGUGCAUGUGGAGGAGAUACCUUGGAGCAAAUAGAAAAGAAUGGAAUUGCAUUCCCAUUCAUUUGUAAAACAAGAGUCGCCCAUGGAACCAAUUCUCAUGAGAUGGCUAUCAUAUUCAACCAGGAAGGCCUGAAGGCCAUUCAGCCACCAUGUGUAAUUCAAAGCUUCAUCAACCAUAACGCUGUGUUAUACAAAGUCUUUGUAAUCGGAGAGUCAUACACUGUGGUGAAGAGACCAUCAGUUAAGAACUUCUCAGCAGGCGUUUCAGAUAGAGAAUCAAUAUUUUUCAACAGCCACAAUGUAUCAAAACCAGAAUCCUCUUCCAUUCUAACAGCACUUGACAAGAUAGAAGGAGUGUUUGAGAGACCAAAUGACGACGUCAUCCGGUCAAUUUCGAAGACGCUGAGGCAAGCACUUGGGAUUUCUCUCUUUGGAAUAGACAUCAUCAUUAACAACCAGACUGGUCAGCAUGCUGUCAUUGAUAUCAAUGCAUUCCCAGGAUAUGAGGGUGUUUCAGAGUUCUUCACUGACCUCCUGAACCACAUAGCUGCCGUCCUGCAGGGCCAGUCUCCGGAGGCGUCCCCGCUAAGCCGUAGCAAGCACCUGGCCGAGCAAACCAGCCUUGUGGGGGAGCGGACAUGCUGUGCGGCCGCAGCCUGCCGGAGCCUGAUGGGCAAAGACUCCUGGAUUGUGGACAGCGAGACCAACAGCUCCGUGAAGCUUCAGCACCAGAGACUAGGCUGUAACUCGGCAGUGUCUCCGAGCUUUCAGCAACACUGUGUUGCCACAUUGGCAACGAAAGCCUCCUCCCAAUAACCCAAUCAGUGCCACAGACUGAGAGAGAAAAAGAGAGUGAGAGAGAGAAAACUGUAGGCUCAAGGAUCAGAACAGGCUGGUUGGUAAUGCUACUACUAAACAAAACAAAUCUUUGUUGAUUCAACGUGAUUUUGAAAAUGAAAACAAAAUUAGCACUCUGGGUCCACUUCAUCAGAUUCCUAUUGUAGAUCUGUAGUGAAAUUACACAUGUGUGUGUGUGUGUCUGUGUGUGUGUCUGUGUGUGCAUGUGUCUUAAUCACUAGACCUUAAUAUAGGAGGAUGGGUUUUGUAUUCCACCGCACCCCUCUUGCUCCUCUCUUUGUAAUUGUUAGUGACGAGGAUCUCAAGGCUAAACCUCAAAGACUGAAUAGGAUGAUGUUGAAAAUGUCUUCAAGCAAAUUUAGCAGCCCCUUUUCUUGGUUCCUUCCCAACACAAUGCAAAGAGUAAAGUGAGAGUCUACACAUUUGUCAUUUCUGUACUACACAUAUAUUAUUUGUGUAUUGAACAUGGUAAAACCUAAAAGCCCAGGUUUGGCGUUCUUCAUUUUGAUUAGAACCACCUUCAAACUGUCUCCUGAAUAAGAAAUAUCACUUCGCUUCUCAUUUACCACUGUGAAAAAUAUAUCCCAUCACCUUGUUAAAUUUCAUAACAGAAGAAGGUUGAUUCAACACUACUGAGGUUGGGAAUCACGUAGCCCUCCAUAUGAUGUUGGACUGUAACUUCCAGCAGAAAUAAUGAUGGUGAAUGCUUGGAGUUGCAUUUUGAAAACAUCUGGAGGACUCAAUGUUUCUCAUCUCUGAUUUAUCUAGCAUCACAGGUUGGGAACAUUAGCAUAUCUGACACAAGGGGGAAUGCAAGGAAGUUGUUUUUCUACUGGUCUUUUUUCAUUGUCUGCUGCUUUACUGAUCCUUGAAUUACAACUAUCUUUAUGACCACUACUCCAUCAUUUCUUCAACAUUGGGCAUUAUCUUUUAGUAAAACUUUAGGAAAGUUCUUUUUCAUGGAUUUCACUCCCCAGAAUCUUCCAACCAACAUAGUCAGUGAGUUCUGGGAGUUGCAAUCCAAACAAUAACAUCUCCAAGGUUUGAUUCCUUCACACUAUUCCUUCCAUGUUUCUUGGGUUGUUUAUUUGGGGAUAAUUUCACAAGGACAAGAUGUACUAACCCAAUGGUUCUCAACCUGUGGGUCCCCAGGUGUUUUGGCCAUAACUCCCAGAAAUCCCAGCCAAUUUACCAGCUGUUAGUAUUUCUGGGAGUUAAAGGCCAAAACAUCUGGGGACCCACAGGUUGAGAACCACUGUACUAACCUGUCUUUUGCAGUCCUGCCAUUUGUUGACCCAUGUGCAUGCCUAAGCUGUUUAAGGAAAUGCCAUUAGAAGUGUCACACUUCACUAAGGGAGUGACUGAAUGAACUUGGAGUCUAUGGACUAGUUUGCACAUUGAUUGAUACGGCCCUUCUCUGUGAGGUGAGGGAUUAUGUGAAUGCACUACACAUCUGCCAGGAUCCAUAGGAUACUAAUGAUGAAAACAGCUUCCAUGAGUAAAAUGAGAAGGACGGUGCCUCAUGGGCCUACUGUGUGUCCUCCAAAUCUGCUCCGAAGAGCUGGGAAACCUUGUGGGGCAAUUUUUCUGUUGUUACAGAUGGCUCGGGAAGGCAAGGGAAAGGAAAAGAAGAGAAGGAAUGGGAGAGGAGUCCAUUGUGAUAGUGGUUGGUGGCUAGCAUUUUGAAUUUAUACCAGAGGUAGACAAAUCAGAUGAAUGUGGUCUCUUAUCAUGCACACCUAUCCCCUCAGGAAAGGUAUUUCUAAUGAUCACUCCUUGUGUAUACAGAAGCAUAGAUAGGAGCAACCAUUCCCCUUCAGAACCUUUUUAGCCUCUCGUUUUGCCCUUAAAAAUGGAUGUUGACAUCCAGUUACAUUUAAUCUGGGGUGUGUAGAUUUUAGUGCAGCAGAUCCAAAGAUAUCAGAGUGGCUCUCCAAAUUGUUCAUUUGCAGUCUGGCUGCAGUGCAGUGAUAUAGGCUAUACACAUGACUCUUCCCCUUCGUUUUCUUCUUUUUCUUGGGCGAAAAGGAAGCUAUUUAUCAUGUGGAUGUAUAGGCAACAUCAGGUUGUACUUUGUCAAGUUAUACAAUGAAGCGUAAGUAUUCACAGUCCCGCAAAACUGGUAAAAUGAUCCAUUCCUGGAAGUGUUACUCUACCCUCCCAUCCCCCUGAUGCCAGGUAUUUUUUCAUCUCUGGAAAAGGAAGAGAACUAAUGAAUCUCUGAUGAAAUUUUGGACUGGGGAAGAUGAAAAUAAGAUUUCCAGAGUCAGUGCAAAGAAAAACAAAGUGUUUAUCCAAUCCUCAGGGGUGUAUUUUGUGGGGAAGGAGAGACAGGAGGGCUAAUACUUCUAUAAAAAAUUAAAUUUAAGCAGAACCCAGCAAUGAACUACAAACAUUAAUAGUCUUUUUAUAUAAAAGGGUUUUCUUAUUUUAAAAUAGAAGUUAGAGAUCAUCAGAUCUUUGUUCUGAAUUCCUAUAUCAAAUUCUGGUCAUAACAGUUCUAAGUAAUGACCUUCUCCACUACUAAGAGUUGGCAUAGUGUCAUAACAAAGGUAAGGGCUUGCCUGCCAUAUUUCCCAGCUAGUGGGAUAGAAGUGAAACAUAGGUUGAACAUGAAUUUGUUAGCCUCUUUGUAAAUCUAUGAGCUAAAAGAACCAACUAAAACUUUUCUUUUCAGUUUGAUUUUGUGUGACUGCGGAUGUAUGUGCAACACAAGCCAGGACAUCAGGUUGCCCCAGUGCAUGGCAUCUCCAAAAGCAACUGAAUCUCCCUGAAAUAUUUAAUAAGUCGAAAUUACUUGUCACCUUGUUUGAAUCACAAACCAAACAUUUUGAAAUAGAAUCAUGCUUCUUGUUUUGACAAGUGUGAAUUUAGCCCUUGCUUUUGGAGAGCAGUCAAUCUACCGUAUUUAUGGCAUUAUUACCUUACAAUUUUUUGUGACCAUUAUCCCCACUGUGACCCCUUUAUUUGUUGAAAUGGCAAUAUUCAAAUUGAGCAUUCUAAAAAGACUUGUUCAGCCCAAUUGUCUAAUAGUAGACAUUUCAGAACUAACUGUUUACAUUAAUCUGAGUGUUGGAUCCAAUUGCAGUGUCCUUAAUGCUGUUUCUGGUUUUAAUAAUGACUAAAGAAUUUAUUUUAUUGGCUGCCUUCUAAAUUUUGGUUGGCUUUAUUUUGCACUGCUUGAUUUCUUCAAAAUAAACUACUGAAAUAUAAUUGUGCAUUUUAUAUGUGUUUACAAAUGAUUAUUAAGUAUAUUUUCUAACUUCUCUAAAGUCUUAACACAGAGGAUGUCUUAGAUCUUGACUAUAACUAGGACCUGUCUUUAAUUCUGUCGCUGGGUAGGUUGCCAGCUUCUUUCUUCCCAUAACUAUUACUGAUGCUAAUUUAAGAAAGAUUAUGGUGUGAUUUUUUUAAUUCCACAAAUAUUCUGUAAUUAGAUGGCAUUAUAGCUGGAUUCAUCAAGUAUCUUGCCAUUCUUUAAGGUAUUUUUCUUCUGUUGUAAUAUAUUGAGUCUAACAACAAUGCUGCAGUGCUGUUGGUGUCAAAGAAAGUGUGGGUGUGCGCCUAUGAAUUACACAGUAGAAGUGUUCCCAAACGCAAAACAAAAAAGCAGUUACAUGGUUAUUAAAUUGUGUGCUGCAGUUAAUGCCAUAGCUUUUGAACUCCUAUUUGUUUCUGGAGAUAUUCUGGAAAUAUUUAUAUAUUUUUGUUUCUAAGGACAUCUUUCUGUGUGUGAACUUGCCCUGCCGAAAAACUUCACAUUUGGACAUGCAUAGUGUUCCCUGUUAGACAUUGACCUCAGUCUUGACUAUAAUAGACCCAUUCAGUUAAUUACAUUUACCUGUAUAUUAUCAUUCAGUGUUUAAAAUGUCUGCUAUAGUUGGGACUAACCAGCAAGAUGUCAGCCACAGAAUGACAACACUUGUACACUUUUCCGUCAAGAGGAAAAAUAGUUCUGAGUUCUUCAAUUUGGCUCAAUGUGUACCAGGAAAAACCUAUUGUGGCAGGUGAGUAGCAGCCGAGAAGUCACCAACAGACCUUGGAGUAGUUUUAGUGCUGUUCUUCAAAUGUUUGUGACUUUGAUUGGGUGAAGGAUGAAAGGUUUUAUGUAUAAAUUCACAUAAGCUGCUUUCAGUGUUUUCUUUGUUCCUCACUUUUUAAAGAAAAGCACAGCUAUCUAAUGAAUGAAGUGGGUUCAAGAUUGAGGGCUGGCACAAACAAGGGAAACAGCUUACUGAAGUAAUGUUCAAUGUACACUAUGUAACAUUCCUUAGGAAUACGUUGUCAUAUCGAUCUACAGAAUCCUGGAUAAAGGUGAUCAUGAGUAAGAAUACAUAAGAAGCAGCCCUUUAGUGUACUUUUUGUUUGAGAAGCAUGUGCAUCACACACUUUGCUGACAUAUAACAGUUGAGAAAUUUGUAAACUUAAUACCAGAAGAUUUGCCACAGUUUACGCAUAAAAUAAGGGAGAGGCUGAAAUGUUUUAUUGCCAGGUUAAGCAAACUGGAAUAAAAACUAUCUGUCCAGGAAUACGUAUUGUCGAAGGCUUUCACAGCCAGAAUCACGGAGUUUUGUGUGGUUUGGCCGUGUUCUAGCAGUAUUUUUUCUUGAUGUUUCACCUGCAUCUAUGACUAGCAUCUGUGCUGAAUGUCAGGACAAAAUGCUGCUAGAACAUGGCCAUACAGCCCGGAAACCACACAACACCUCCAUGUCCAGAAAUAAAUGGUGCUAGAGACGCUUUCAAAUCAAAACCAACCCUUUAAUAUGCUUUUCCCAUCAGGGGUAUCCUAAACAAAAUGUUGACUUCAGGUUAUUUUUAUUAAUUCUGUAGAUCAGUUUAAGGUUUUCUCCCAAUUUUUUGAACAAUUUUGUAAUACUGCAUGGAAAUUAUUUUUUUCAAAAUACCUGAUGCCUAUGUCCUAAACCUAAAGUUGGAAUUGAGAUGUAAUCAACCAGAAUGAUUAAUGAUAACAGCAAGAUGAAAUGCAGGUGCUUGCAUAUUAAAUGCACAAACUAGCUUCACAAUUCUUCAUUAUCCCUGCACAAAUUUCUUGGCUUUUAGGCAAGUGUGUCUUGUAUGCUGCAGCAGCAUCAAGCUUUGUGGACUUCUCCAGAAGUAGCCAGCAGUCAUAUACAGCAGCUUCCUAGAUGCACAUGCUAAAGAUAUGUAAGAUAGAUGUGAAACCGGCAUCAUUCAAGGUCUUUCCCAUGAUUUAUUGUAUUCUACGGAUCCCAACAAUACAACUUUUGGUUGUACUAAGUCAAAGAUGUUUGGAGAGCUUUUGCAUCUGAAGGGUGGGAUCUAAAUACUUGGAUGAAUGAAUGUAAGAAAGACUCUGUGUGGUUCAUGGUGGUCCAAAAACUAUGAAUUGACAAGAAGAGGCACACAUGCAUUGCAUUAUGGUCAGGUAUCGUCUGAAAGGUUUCAGAACAUACUUGGGAAUCAAUCCACAUACAAUUAAACCUCAAUCUCUAUUAGAAAAACUCCUCUUUCCAGAAAACUGUAAAAAAAACACACACACAACCCUGUCGCCUUCAGCGUGAAUGUAAAUGCCAUAUCUGUCUGCACUGCUUUAGUUCCCUGUGGUGUGCAAAAUGAGCAAAUAUUCUUCACGCUCUUUCUCAGAAUCUGCUGUAAAGUUGUAUCCUAUUUAUAUAAAUUAUUCAUGGCACUAAGAUGUACUUAGAAACAAGAAUGGCAAGUAUGUAGAAGUACAUUAGUAGUGGACCUUCAUCAAUACUGUUGUUUUCACUGGCUUAAAAUGGGAAAAGUUAUACCUCCUUCUAGUCUCCUUGUGUAUAUUAAGUGAAUAGUGUGAUUUUUGUCAUUUUGUCAAUAGUUUUUUUUUAAUGGUUGGAAAAAUAUAAAAUUUUUGAUGUCAGCAGCUUUGUUAAUUAAAAUAAAGACAAUAUUACUCAGUUAAAUAAAUCCCAGCUGAUUUAACUAGAUAAUGUGGUGGUUUUAAACUGAAAUGAGUCAGAUGAAAAGAUCAUUAUAAACUUGCUUUUUAAAUGUUGUUUUUCAGUAAUCCACAGAUACGUAUGGUGACAGUGACAUUAGAGGAGACAUUCUCCACUUCCUAAGAGAAGGAAUUAUUUUGAGAUACUGCUUGUAAAUCUGUGUAUUUGAAUAGAUGAGUGGAUGGAUGGAUGAUGAUUUAUUGGCAAGCACUUCUUUUCUGACUAUUUUUUUUCAGGGAAAUUAAAUGAUUUAUUUAAUUUUUUUCAAUUCUGAUUGAAAGGCCUAUGAAGACCUCUCCUAAUAGUAUAAUUUAUAUAACAUGCAAAAAUGGUAGGAGAAAUUGGGUGUUUCUCAUUCAAAGAAAAAGCAAUACUAAGCAUUCACUUUCUUUGAGGUUUGUGGGAGGUCUUCAUUCCCAAUAGAAAAAAUGAGCAAGGCUGCCAAACAGGAUCCAUUUUUCACGGAUGUACAAUUCCUCCUUCCCUGUUCCAGAAUGAAAUGAUGUUAUCUUGAACUAGCAUUUAAUGCUGCUCUUUGUGCUGCUAAGGCCCAGGCUCCGUAAACCAGAUUAUACCGUGAGACUCUAUAGUAGCAGGUUCUGGGGAGACUUUCUGCAAGAAAAGUCAGAGACAGCUCAGAUUGUGGUUGUGUGUCUUCAAGUCAUUUCCAACUUAUGGCGACCCUGUUGGGUUUUUCGUUUUUUUUAGGCUAAGGGUACAUCUAACGGACCACUUACCGCAAAGGGCUAUCAUAGGUUCCCAAACUUAUUUGGCCUACCACCCCCUUUCCAGAAAAAAUAUUACUCAGCGCCCUGGAAAUUAUUUUUUUUUUAAUUUUGAUAGCAAUUAAACAGAAAGAUAUAUGUACCUGUGGCCAUCACCGCUCCCCUGGAUUGCUGCAGCGUCCACCAGGGGGCGGUAGCGCCCACUUUGGGAAUCACUAGUAGGGAAUCAACUCCAUGGCAGGUAAACAACGCAUACGCCUGCUCUGGGUUAACACAGGCAAAACUGCUUAAUGCAGUCUUGAAACCCAUUAACCAAAACAGUGGGUUUCCCCCCAGAAUCUGGAGCAAACUGUGACUUUGGGCCCAUGUAAAUAGUUGGGUCAUUUUCAAGAUGGAAGCCACCUCACCUGUUUACAUUCCCCGAGCUGAUAUUAGCUGUCUCCUUCCAUGACAGUCUAAAUCAGUGGUGUCCAGCCUUUAGUCCCCCAAGUGAUUUUACUCCCAGUCCAGGGCUUCUGGGAGUUGGAGCCCCAAACUCCUAGAAGACCAAAGGUUGGAUGCCACUGGUCUAAACCCUUCCAGGGAUGAUCUGGCAUUUGCCACACUAGAUCAACCCCAGGAUGAAACAUAGAUUGAACCCUUUUUUGUCAACUACAUGCAUUUUCCAUGGGGUCUACUGUUUGCUGGAGAGUGGAUUUAGGGGAGUGUAUUCAAAUACAGGGGCAAGUGGUGUGUGUCCAAUAGGAUAGCAGUUUCCAGUAGGCUGUUAGGAAUUGUAGGAGUUGAAGUCCAAAAUCCCUGGAGGGCUGAAGUUUGCACAUGUUUGUAGUAUAGGCAAUGAUGAAGCAUGCUGAGGCUUGAUGUCCAGCAUCAUCUAAAGAUCCACACCCUGUAUGUGACCGUAUAGUCAUCAUUCCACAUUUGCGGAUUUGGCUUUUGUGGAUUUGAUUAUUCAUGGAUUUAAUCAAAAUGUAUUUUCUAGGAAUCUCUAGGUCUUGCAAUGUGACUUUAUGAUCAGCUUCUGCUGGAAAUUGAGCAUAGUGUCAUGCUGGAGAAUCUCUAGGUCCUCUAGUAAAAUUCCGUGGUCAAAUACCAGUAGAGGUUCAUGCAGGAGAACCUAGAGAUUCCUGGAGAGGUGUUCCCUCAGGCAAAAACAUAACAAUUUUAUAAUUUGUGCGUCUUCAUUUUUGCAGAACCCAGUGCUCUAAACCCCAAUGAAUAUGGAGGGCUGGCCAUAUCGUGUUCAUAACAUUGAGAGAUUCUAAAUAUGUUGUUUAGUCUGAUUCCCAACACUAUCCCACACCUUCAAAUAAUUUCAGAGUUACUAAUAAGUGAACGCUAUUAAAUGCAGCUAAAAUGGAGCUUAGGGAACUCGGGGGGGGGGGGGCGUUGUAAGCAACCCAUGACAAGUUCUUUUUCCCCACCAUCUGUCCAGCAAUUGCUUAAUUCAACCUUUUACUAUGUGAACAGAUGCGUGUAGUAUUUUAAUGUUUCAAAUAUAUAUAUAAGUAUUUGGGAGAAAAUGUGAUUACUAUCUUCUAGACACUGCGGUUGAUGAAAGAAUAUUCAAGAGGUCUUUAUCUCUUUUGUAAAGAAAAGAAAAAAGCUAGUGCUUGUUUAGCUUUGGUUUUUUUUUAACUGUGUGAGAUAUAUAUUUUAAGUUAUUUAUUUCUUUAGAUCUUCUACUCCCCCUCAAGUGUGUUUCCAAGUACAUCUACAGUCCAUAAUUAUAACAGUUUGAUACUGCUUUAAUUGUCAUGGUAAUCUUCUGUGAAAUACUGAGAAUUGUAGUUUGGAGACGUAUUUAGAAUUCUUUGCUAGAGAGCUUGGGGGCAUUAAUAAAUACCUUAUCAGACCACAUUUCCCAGAAUUAAACAGGAUGGAACUGAACUGGUACUGAACUGUUGUAACUAAUAGUUACUAACUAUGCUCGCUUCCUAAUUAGAAUCCAUUAAAAUUAGUAAUUAACUGGGGUUUUUUUAGUUUAUUGAAUUGGGAGCUUUUCUUGAAUACCAGUUUCACAUGUAAUGUUCACGGUUCAAAACUCAAAUACAUAUGGGACCAUUUUCAUGUGUCUGCCAAGUUUGAUGUUUCUUCCCUAACCCUAAACCUCUGACAUUUUAUUAUAGAGUUAGCAAGUGUGAGUGUUUGUGAUUUGCUUUGGUCCUAUGCACAAAACUACUUUUAUGAAAAACUAAAUGAUUUUGUAUUUAAUGUGUAUAUAUACAUACAUAUAUAUAUAUAAAGAAAUAGAUCUAUAUAUAAUAAAAAAAUCUGGGCUGAUAAAAAACCAAAAAUAGCUUCUUUUUAGUUAUGCAGCAUGAUGAUUCAUCCUUCUCAGUAAUAAUUCGGUGCUUCCUUGUGCUUAAGUUCUUGAUUUUCAAUAUUGAUAUAUCCCGUUUUAUCUUUUUUUGCCAACACCUGUGAUGAACUCCCCGCCUCUCUUACUUUUAACAGUAGUUAAAAUGCACUCACAUUGUUAUCUGUGUUGUUUCUGUGUCUGCCGUGAAGACUAAACUGUCUUUGCCUCAAAAAAAACAAACCUGAUUUUAAAUAAAUGCCUUAUUCCAAUA